AUGUCAAACAACUGUCAAACAGCGGCAAAAAUUUUUCAACACAAUAAAUUUUUUAAUACUUUUAAUCGAUGUUGUUUUGCAAUUUUUAAAUAUAGAAAUUACUGUUAUUUUUAGUCUAUAUUAAAUAUUUAUAUUAUUUAUUUUUAAUCGGAAAUAAUAAAUGUUUGCUUCUGAAUUCCUUAAUUGAAGAAACAAAUCGGUUAUCCAUGCACUGCUGCAAUGAGUAAUUCCCGGGCGAAUGAUUCGUCCGGCCGCGAGAGUCCCAGUAUUCUCGCACCAGAGUCUCCGGGUAGUCCAAAUAUCCUCGACCCACCUUACAGCCCGCCACCGGAAUGGCAGGAAGGCCAAUCACACAAUCUCCAAGACUCGGAGACGUUCACUCAACCCGACCAACCAGAAGACAGUAAUGACUCGUCUGUGAUUGUCGUCUAUGAUGCCGAAAGUAGCAGCAGUAGUGGAAAUUAUGUGAAUGUGAUGGCUGAAGUCAUAAAUGCAAGGCCUCCUCCACUUCAUAGUCCGAUCAACGAAGAUAGUGCCACCAGCACUUCUCAAUAUAACGAAGAAUCAAAUAGCUUAAUGUCUUUACCCGAAGCUGUAGUUCUUAAAGGCGAUGAAACUAACCAGGAACCACCAGCUAAAAUUAGAAAAAUCAGCUCUCCUGAGAAACCUGAUGAUACCGAUGGAGAAACUUGUCCUAUAUGCUUAGAUUCGUGGGGCAAUUCUGGAGAACAUAGGCUUGUAGCUUUAAAAUGUGGACAUCUAUUUGGUUACCAGUGCGUUGAACGGUGGUUGAAGGCGCAACCAGCCAAAGACCGCUCCUGUCCUACAUGCAAAAGUAAAGCCACUAUAAAGGACAUAAGGUACAUUUAUGCUCGAAGGCUCGUCGCAGCCGAUACGUCCCAGAUCACGGCCCUGCAAAAACAACUGGAGUUAAUACAGUCAGAGAAAAGUAGAACAGACUUGGAGCUUCAGAAGUCAAGGAUAGCGCAUCGAGCUUGUAUAAUGCAGCUAGAAGUAUUGAGGAGUACGUUAAUGAAAUCUCAAGUGAGCAAAGACCAGCCCGUUCGAAGGUCGUGGAGGUUCGCUUUGGAGAAGAACCUAGAAAUAUCCAAAGACGGCGGCUGUAGGGUCCUCACAUAUAAUUGUCGGACUUACGAGCUGUACGUCUCCCAGAAAAGUACGAACAACUUGUUUCCUGGCUAUGGUAUUAGGAAAGUCAGUUGCGUUGAUUACAAGUUGGGCCAGUUCGUCCAUUUGCAUCCGAAACCUAUCAGAGACAUUACCUAUUCCCAGCCCAGAGACUUACUACUGAGUGUCGGUUUGGAUAGUUCAGCGAGGAUCGUGGAACGCGGCAUUCCGAGUAUCACGAUCCCAGCCGGUUUCCCUCUCUGGUCGUGUUCGUGGGAUUACUUGAGGAGCAACGAGUUUUACGCCGGCGGUGUCGGUGGAAUAAUCCAUCAGUACGACGUUAGAAACCCCAGUUCUUACAUACAAAGACUGUCAGCCCCUGGCGAUGUUUCCCCAGUUGUAUCUCUCUGCUCGACUGAGUUCGGUCUACUAUCGUGCCAGUUAAACUCGUGCUGGUUAUGGGUGGCCAACAUGCGGCAGUGGGAGCCGCGUUCAUUACCCAUCGAGGGUCCAUUCAUGUCCCUUUGCUACGAUAACGAGUCGCAUCGCGCGUUGAUAUCAUGCAGACCAGGCGGUACCAACUCGGAGCGCUCGAGACUGACAGUCUGCAAACUGAAAGCUUCCGUCGCAAGUGGGGAAGUGUUGUUUGACAUUGAACAGACCUUUGCUGGUUCCGCGCGCUCCUCGCUGUUGUCGCGACCGACGUGGGUCCGCGCGGCCGGAGCUAGCUGGGUGGCGGCGCACUCGGAAAGUGAUUCAACGCUGUACCUGCACGGGGUGGAUGGUUCGAGGACGAUGUCGUUGCCCGCCGCUGAGCCAGCGUUAGACGUCUGCUCAGCUCAGUUGAACGGCGAUAUAGUGUUGGGUGCAUUAUCAGACUCGAGACUUAGGUUAUACAAGGCCGUGUCCACGAACUCAUGAUAUAUAGAGACUGUAGUGUGAUGUUAGUGACAGAAAUACGAACUUGCUCGGACACGUGGCGGUGUGUGAAAUUACAUGUUUGAACCAGAAAGGUGUACCGAAUAGAUAUUACAUGUUUCAAGUUAAAAUUUAGUGCGUCCAUAACAUUUGCUUACCGAAGUGUGGGACCGUUGUCAUCUGUCAAUUAUCAAUAACAUUUUGACAAUGUUUUUAACGGAUUAUAUUUAAAAAAGCUGACUAAAUCGUUAAUCAUAAA